AUGCAGUUCAUCAUCCCCACCAUCCUCCUCAGCACCAUCGCCCUGGCGGCGCCAACCCCAAUCCAACCCACAAACACAGCAACCUGCAGUCUCAAGUAUGCAGUCAUGAAAGGCACCUGGACCGUCAACAUCGGUCGCCCGUACCUCGAUGGGACAGGUUGUGCCUUUGUCAAGAAGUCCCUCCGAAAGGGCGGCAUGAGUAUUUCCUCUGCUCCAGGUUUCAAGUGUGAGGAUGAUGGAGAGGGAAUGACUCGAUUGGAGUUUACCACGGUGUUGAGCACCAAGAAGCAGAAUGCUGCGUUGGAGAUUGCGUACCCGAUGAUUCCGUUUGUGCAAAAUGGGAUUUGUGAUCCUUAUCUGGUUUAG